AUGGCCUGUGGUUGCUGGACACGAGCACUGGUGCGCUGGGGAGAGAAAGGCGAAGGGAGGAAGAAUGACACGGGGAGGAAGCGAUCGUCCGUCUCCCGCCGUUCAUCGGAGGGUGGAGCACGCUGCGCGGCCAACGACUGCAGCCGCACCAUGGACUGGACAGCGGUCAUCAUCCUUCUCAUGUGCAGCGGCGCUCAGGUGUGCGACGCUCAACGCAGGACCAGAGCCCUGUAUCCCUCAGCUUUUAGAGUGAAACGGGGGAUCCCGUCGAUGGUCAACCCCAUCUUUCAGAACUCCAUAGACGAUGUCAAUCUGCUCUUUGAAAUCUUGCUGGCAGGCACACAGAUGGAGGAUGAACACAGUCCCUUCAGCGUGCAGGAUGAGGAGCUGAACUCGCUCCGGAGGAUCCAGAAGCUGCAGGUCAUCUGUGACGAGGUGAUACCUCGGAAACUGACGGAUAUUCGGCGCCUGACCUCGGAGCUGCUGCGCCACCCCGGCAUCCUGCACAGGGAGGACUUUGAGCGCACUGUGCUGACCUUUGUGUACACAGCCCACAGGAUGCUUAACACAGCCGGACACCAGAAGGACGUCUGGACCGAGUCCUUCCUUAAUCUAUACGAGGCCAUAAAGCAAGACAUCACCACUGCAUAG